AUGCGCACGUGUGUGGCUGAAGAACUGCGGGAAUGUCCCCGCAUACCGGAGUAUUUUCUCCACUCGGCUUGGGCGUGGAUGUUCCCGCUGCUUCCGCGCCACCCAAGAGCGGAAAAAAAAAAGGGGGAAAAAAAAGGCGGUGGGGAAGCAGCACUGGCACAUGCCAGGGUCGCCGUAGGUGGCAGCGGCCAGCGCAUGCGCACACUUGCCGGGCCACGAACGCUCUCGCAGCCUUUCCAACCUCCUGCACUCCACCCCCGCCCCACCAUCCGUUCUCCUCUCCCCCCCCAGGAAUGGGGUUCGCGCUGCUCUGGGUCGCGCGCCCAGUGGCCGCCUCGCGCUGUCAGCGUCCGCCCAGCUCGCGCCGUCUCGCGCUCCCCCUCAGUCAGUGGCGCCGAAGGCUCCGUUAAACGGCGGCGGCGGUGGUUCCUGUUUCCGUUUCUUCCUCUCCUCCCGGAGUCGGGAGUAGCAUCCUCCUCCACGCCACCACCCCUUCCACUCCCACUCCCCCUUCCCGGGCCAGCGACGGCCGGAGGUGGCGGUGGCCGGAGACGAGCCACCGGAGCCCUCCUCCCCUCCCUCCACGGAGUGGGUCUUGCUAAGUUCAGAAAGAUGGAUUAUAAGAAGGUUGUACCACUAGGUGAUGAAUUUUCCUGCCCCAGCAACUCACUUAAUGGAACAUUUUACUAA